CGUGAGAUGACAUAUAAUAUGUCCGAAAAGUGCAAUUCAUUGCACAGUCUAUGCAGUGAUUGAGUCAUCAAAUGAUUGAGUGACCACUCAUUGGUCCACUCAAGCGAUCGUCGCGUCAUUUCCAGAAUAUUCUGUGAACUCUGUAUAUAAACACAUGUUUUGACACCAAAUGAGUUCACAAUUGAGUUAACAAUCGGUUCAUUAGUUUAGCGUUUAUUACGAUUUGUGUUAUGUUUUGCAUUAUUUGCGAAUCCAUUACCACUUAAUUGCGUUUGAAUUGUAAUCGCGUUUGCAUUGAGUGUGGAUUGCAUUCAAUGAUCACUUGUGACCACACAAUCGGCCGAAGAAGAAGCGCACGAAGAAGUGAUGGAAUUUCCAGAUUUGGGUCAACACUGUUCUCACGAAGAAUGCCAUCGAUUAGACUUUCUGCCCGUGAAGUGCGAUCUCUGUGCGAAUGUGUAUUGUUUGGAUCACUACUCCUACUCGUCCCACAAGUGUCCCAACGCUCACCAUUUGGACAAUCAGGUGCCCAUAUGUCCGCUCUGUAACCAACCCGUGCCCAUCACUCGCGGACAACUGCCCGACAUUAGGGUCGGCCAACACAUAGACCAGGACUGCGAGUCGGAUCCGGCCAUCAAAAAGCGGAAACAGAUCUAUCGGAACAAGUGUUCAGUGAAGGGAUGCAAACAGAAAGAGUUGAUGCAAUUGUUGUGCACUGAAUGCCAGCAAAACUAUUGCCUCAAACACAGACAUCCGGCCGAUCAUAGCUGCGAACCGGCGGCCAAUUCGCGGCCACAGACCUCGAAGUCCGGUUCGGCGGCAAUGAAACGCUUCGAACAAAUGAAAUCAAAUGUCACCCAAAGAGUGGUCCAAAUGACGAAUCAGAUGAAACCGAGCGCUCAGCCGGUGAUGACCACUGCCUCCAACGGCACUGACUUCCGAGUGCCCAACGAUUAUAGCGAAGACGAAGCCUUAGCCCGAGCUCUGCAACAGUCGAUGAUUGACGAACAAAACCAUUCCUCCGGUUCGGCCGUUAAUACUACUCAAUACGACAGGGAUUUGGCAAAAGCUAUCGAAGAAUCCCAGAGGAAUGCCGUCAAGAAUCGAGACAAAUGUCACAUAUCAUGAGUUCCAGUCAUUAUUUAAUUGAAUUGUUUUUCAUAUAUUUUUAAACUUUUAUUUUUAAAUUUUAUUUUCAUUGUUUGAGCCUUUGGUUGAUUUAAUGGGUAAUUGUGUGUAAAAAACUUUUAAAUGAUAUGAAAUGUUAAUAUCGAUGACAUUAUACCUUAUAAUCAAUUCAUAAACAAUAAUCGUAUAAUAAAUGUCUUUUUUAAUGUAAUAAAUGAAAUAUUUCUCAACAAAUAAAUGCAAAAUUGUUAUAAAAAACAGA